AUGGCUGAUGGUUGUGCAAAUUUACUAGAGCAGGUGCUGCUUCCAGAGGAAAUUUACUCCAUUUGUAGGGCUUCUUGUUUGCCUAAUCUUCACGAUAUGCCUAAUCUUGGAACUUUUUCCUAUGGGGUUGUUGAGUCCUCGGUUAACAGCAGGAAACAAAUUGAUGCCGUACAUUUCAUUCAUGCCUUCCAGCUUACUGAAAGCUUCCCCCCUGUUCCCCUCUUGAAGACAUACUUAAAGAAUUGCAGGAGAAACUCACAAGGAAAGGGUGUGAGUUCGGGUGGAGAUACUAGUGCACAGAAUGAUGUAAAUGCACAGGAACUUGCUGCUUUGAAAGCUGUAGUUAGUUGUGUCCAAGAGUGA